AUGUCAGAACCACACAAUUACCAUCGUCCCCUCGAUCCAGACUCCGCUUCCGACGAUGAUCUCGACCUCGAUGAGCUAGACCCGGUAGCGGCAUCCUCUGUUGCUGAUAGUCGCAAUCCCCGUUCUGGAGCCGCUCAAGAUGUACCUUUGAAAAAGUUAAACGGUACGCGCACCGGGCGUUUCUGGCCUAGCAACCGCAACCGCAGUCGGAGGCAGUACCAAGAUGAAGAUGAUGAACAGGGACUAUUGGGAGGCUGGAAUGGCCGCGCAAGUCAAGCCGGCGACUGGCCUGACGAAGAGAGAGGAUGGAACGUUAGAUCCUCUCAGCGAGCGGGCGACAAGACCUCCGGACCACGCACCGCUCAUUCCCGGGCUCAAAGUUUCCGUGCCAGCGUGCAAUUACCAGAUUUCGUCCGGCAGGAAUUAGCAGACAUGCGAGACGAUGUCAAGGCGGACCAUUUACAGUCGCGCGAUGUCGAAAUUGCCCGUCCGCAGAAGAAAAAGUUUCCGACCAACAUCGUGUCCAACGCAAAAUAUACUGCCUGGUCGUUCUUACCAUUGACUCUUUACAACGAGUUUCGCUUCUUCCUCAACAUAUACUUCCUGCUCGUCGCGUUGUCGCAAAGCUUCGAGUUCCUUCGCAUUGGAUACAUGUCGACUUAUAUCGUGCCCUUGGCUUGCGUCCUCGCCAUAUCCAUCGGCAAGGAGGCUUGGGACGACAUUGGGAGGAGAAGGCGAGACGCCGAGGCUAACGCGGAGCUGUUCACGGUCGUAUCCUUCUCUCCUAAUGCCACCAGACGUGCUGGCACGGCAGGACUCGAAAUGCAGAGAAAGUCCCGAGACAUCAAGGUGGGAGAUGUCCUCAAGCUUGAUAAGAACCAACGCGUCCCGGCGGAUGUUGUGAUCUUGCAAAGCCAGGUCAGUGACACUGCCGUGGUUGGCAAGCAGGAACACGAAAAGCUCGCCUCUCAGUCUGCCAGUGAGACUUUCAUCCGAACAGAUCAGCUAGAUGGCGAGACGGACUGGAAGCUGCGGUUGCCCUGUCCACUUAGUCAACAGCUGUCCCUCAAAGAUCUUACGAGGCUUAAUGUCACAGCCGGUGCCCCGGACAAGGAUGUCAAUUCCUUUGUGGGAACGAUGGAGCUCAUACCUCGCGAGGCGUACGACCCACACCUUGCGAGGGACCAGCCUGAAGCCGGAAGUGAAACUGAUGUCCAAGACAUCGAAAGAGUUGAAAUCGAAAGUCAAUCCACAUCUGCGCCCUUGACAAUCGACAAUACUGCAUGGUGCAACACGGUCAUUGCUUCGAACACGACAGUCUAUGCCGCUGUCAUCUACACUGGCAGGCAGACCAGAUCAGCACUUUCUACCUCUCCGUCACGGUCUAAGACAGGCUUACUGGAAAUGGAGAUCAACAACCUGACCAAGAUUUUAUGCAUUCUUACUCUCACCCUAUCUAUCGUGCUUGUGGCUCUCGAAGGCUUCGAGCCUUCAAAUCAGAAGCCCUGGUAUGUCGCCAUUACGAUAUAUCUAAUCUUAUUCUCGACUAUCAUUCCCAUCAGCUUGCGGGUCAAUCUGGACAUGGGAAAGACCGUGUAUUCUUACUUCAUCGAGCGCGAUAAGGGCAUUCCCGAUACCGUGGUGCGGACCAGCACUAUUCCAGAAGAUCUUGGUCGAAUUGAAUACCUGCUUUCGGAUAAGACCGGCACCUUGACUCAGAAUGAGAUGCAGCUCAAAAAGAUACACGUCGGCACCGUAGCUUACGCUGGUGAUGCUAUGGAAGAAGUUGUGGCUUAUAUACAGCAGGCCUUCGGACAAGCUACUCAAGCCGGACUCAGUGAAGUCACAAUGGGUGCGAACACCAAAACCAGAAGAGAGAUAGGUGUGCGAGUGCGAGAUCUCGUUGUUGCCUUGUCUCUAUGUCAUAAUGUUACACCCACCACCGAUGAGGUCGAGGGAGAGACUGUCACCUCUUACCAAGCAUCUUCACCGGAUGAGAUCGCAAUUGUCGAAUUUACCGAGAGCGUCGGCCUUCGGCUUCUCCGGAGAGACAGGGAAAGCAUCACCGUACAGUCGGUGGACACUGGCAAAGUCGUGAUUCGGGCUCAGAUCAAAGACGUUUUCCCAUUCACCUCGGACAGCAAGCGUAUGGGCAUCAUCGUCCAAAUGACGUGUGACACGGCAGAAGGGCAGUCUUCUGAGAUGUGGUUCUUCCAAAAGGGAGCCGACACCGUCAUGUCAUCGAUCGUGGUCACCAACGACUGGCUUGACGAGGAGACAGCGAACAUGGCUCGAGAGGGCCUGCGAACGCUUGUCGUAGGCCGUCGAAAGCUGUCAAAUGAGCAGUACGAGACAUUCUCAGCCGCUUACAACGAAGCAUCGCUGGCAUUGCAUAACCGCGAAGCCGGCAUCGCCGACGUUAUAAAGUCACAUCUCGAACAUGACCUCGAGCUCCUCGGCGUAACAGGCGUUGAAGACCGACUACAGCGGGACGUCAAGCCAUCUCUCGAGCUUCUGCGCAACGCUGGCGUCAAGAUCUGGAUGCUGACGGGCGACAAGGUUGAAACAGCACGCUGCGUUGCCAUUUCGGCUCGGCUGGUAGCCAGAGGCCAACAAAUUCAGACAAUGGCAAAGAUCAAGCAGAAGUCAGAAGCACAGGACGCCCUCGACAUGCUCCGCAACCGUACUGAUUCUUGCUUACUGAUCGAUGGUGAAUCUCUUGCCCUCGUUCUGGCCCAUUUCCGAACGCAGUUUAUCACCACGGCGGUGUUGCUACCGGCCGUGAUUGCAUGCCGCUGCUCACCUACACAAAAAGCUGACGUUGCCAACCUCAUCCGAAAGUACACCAAAAAACGGGUGUGCUGUAUCGGCGACGGUGGUAACGACGUGUCCAUGAUCCAAGCCGCUGAUGUAGGUAUUGGUAUCGUCGGCAAAGAGGGCCGGCAAGCCUCGCUGGCUGCUGACUUCUCCGUCACGCAAUUCUGUCACUUGACCAAAUUGCUCGUUUGGCAUGGGCGAAACAGCUACAAACGCAGUGCGAAGCUCGGACAGUUCAUCAUUCAUCGUGGCCUUAUCAUCGCUGUCUGUCAGACCAUGUACAACAUAGCCAACAAGUUGGAGCCGAUAGGACUGUUCAAAGAUUGGCUUCUUGUUGGUUAUGCAACCAUUUACACGACUGCGCCUGUUUUCUCCCUUGUGUUUGACCGCGAUGUGGACGAGCAUCUUGCCAACCUGUAUCCUGAACUUUAUAAGGAGCUCAAAUCCGGCCAAAGCCUGAGCUACAGGUCUUUCUUCACCUGGGUGCUAGUGUCUGUCUACCAGGGAAUUGUCAUCCAAGGCCUGUCCCAACUGCUGACAGACAUUGAUGGCAAGAAGAUGUUGUCAGUCAGCUUCACGGUGUUAGUGCUCAACGAGCUGAUUAUGGUCGCCGUCAGCGUCACAACAUGGCAUCCUGUCAUGAUAGCCUCGAUACUAGGCACAGCUGUGGUCUACGCAGCUAGUGUCCCUUUUCUUGACGACUACUUUGACCUGAAGUACGUGGCUAGCUGGAGCUGGGCAUGGAGAGUGGCGGCUGUUGCAGCGAUUAGUCUGGUCCCAGUGUGGGGUGGGAAGCUCAUCGGAAGGGCAUACAAACCGCCUAGUUAUCGCAAGGUGCAAGGGAUAUGA